UUGUAAAAAAUUUAGGUUCGGAGAGUUUCCGAAGAUUUCCGAUGAUGACCGAAGCUGAAAACACGCAUGCGGCCUAGUCUUGAUUUUUUUGGCGGGCAACCAGAGGGGGAUCAUUGCUACACACUGAAAGCAGUGCUGUUGGAUUCUACUUCUAUCGUCCUACAAAGGAUGGGAAAGAAGAAAAUGAAGAAAUCCGGAGCUGAGAUGGAGGAAGAAGAGGAGCCUGAAGAGUAUGUUGUGGAGGAGGUCCGGGACCAGCGUAUACGUGGUGGCAAGGUGGAGUUCCUUCUCAAGUGGAAGGGGUACUCUGAGAUCGAAAAUACUUGGGAGCCAGAGGAAAAUCUUGACUGUCCUGACCUGAUCGCUGAGUUUAAGAGGAAGUACAACCAAAAUAAGGCAACCAAAACAGAAGAAAAGAAGAGAAAAUCCACAUCCACAGUCAAUGGCACAGAAGAAUCCAAAAGGAAAAGGAAGGCAGAAGAGAAAAGUGCCAGCCCCAGAAGAGGCAGGACCCACAUGGUGAUGUAUGAGGAUGAUGAGGACAAACCACGCGGCUUUGACAGAGGGCUCGAGCCAGAGAGAAUCAUCGGGGCUACAGAUUCCAGUGGAGAGCUCAUGUUCCUCAUGAAGUGGAAGGGGAGUGAGGAGGCAGACCUGGUUCCUGCGCGGAUAGCCAACGUUAAGUGCCCGCAGAUUGUCAUCCAGUUUUACGAGGAGAGGCUGACCUGGCAUUCGUACCCCAGUGAAGAGAACCAGAACGACUCGGGCAGCACUUCAGAGACUACGAAUGAAGUCUGAUGACAGCCUAUUUUCCAGAGUUAUUUUUUUCUUUCAUAUCAAAAGAACUUUUCCAAUAGGAUAAAAAGAAGAUGUUGACGUACCAAGAAUCAUAUUCUUCUGUAGUGGGUACUCUUUGUAGGUCACUGUAACUUACACUGAUAUAAUUACGUGUGCAUUGGGGACACACUUAAUGAUAGGCCAACUUCUUAACUGUGUAUGUCUCUCUGUAAUAGUUAGGUUACUUCAGCAAAAGGAGAGUAUUUGUAUAAGUAAAACCAUUCCCCACCUAUGAGUAUGUUUGGUACUUAGAGAUUUUGGCCUUUUCCAUGUAAAAAAAAAAACGAGGUUGGCGAUUUGGCAUCUUUCUGGUAUGAGGCCAGACAAAGAGAUAAGAAAAGACUUGUAGGCUUCUAAACUGUUGUAGGUAUAAAGGCUGCUUGGAUAUAUGUCAUUUAUUGCAUGGGUAUCGCCACAUUGGAAGUGGGACAUUCACUAGGAUUCGGUCUAUAGCACAAAUAUUUAAAGAUACCUUACAGAGUGGACUACAAUUAGGUUGUUCCAAGGGAGUAGCAUAUGAUCGGGAAAAUCUUGGUUUCCUUGUUCAGGGAAAUGGUAAACAACACUCAAAAAUCAUGGUAUAGUUUUUGGAUUAAAGGGUAUUUGAGAAUGUUCAACCUGUAUCUUCUCAAUGUGGCGAACGGGGCUGCAAGGAAAAGGAAUGUGUAUGUCUUUGGUUUUGUAAAUAGGCUUCACCCAAGUCAACAUAAGAUGCCAUCCAUAGGGAAAGGCUAAUCGCUGGAGGAAUUUUAGUUACAGCUUUUUUAUAUGAUGUAGACGGUUGAGCUGUUAAGCAUUUUAUGUAGAUGGCUUGUAGUAAACACCCCUGCAUAGAUAGUGGCUAUCGCUUCUUGCAUUUGGCAGUCUGUACCCGAAGCCAGUAAUAGAAUUGUUUUGUCCCAUUGAUUAAUUUGUAGUAUUGAGAACGUAGUUUUUUCAGCAACAUUUUUGGAACAUGUAACAUUUUACAUUAACCUCCCGAGAUGACCAGUAACCGACUUAUUCCAUUUUAUUGCAGUUCAGAGUGAGUUAUUUCCUGUCAGUACAGGCACCCUCAUGUAAAAAAUCACUGUAACAAACUAACUGUAUUGGUGUGUACUAUAUUGAGUGUGGAGUGCUUGGACACAAAGGCUGUGCUUGUCGCUUAAUUCCCACUUUCUUACAAAAAGUAAUGACAGCAAAGUACAUGUACUACAACAUUUCUACUUACCUAACAACUUUCAGAAACAUUUAAUCAGUGGAACAACUUUUUUCAUAAACAUUUUUGUAAUGUAUGUGCUCCUAUUAAUGUCUGUCCCAUAAUUACUUGAUAUUAAUGUGACACACUAUAGCCAGCAGAAGUUGGCUGUUAUAAACAGUUUAUCACUUAUGCUGGAAUACUUGCAAGCUCAGAGGGUCUAAAUUUUUGUCAGCUUGUACAUUUUGAACACUAGGUACUGACGUGUUGUACUGAUGCUUUGGCUCUUUAGGGACACACCUUUCUCUGGAGUAUUAGUUGUGUAUUUAUGUUUAAUAAAAGUUCUUGUGUACAGA